AUGGCCUUGCGCGUGUAUGUUCGCCUUCGAAUGAACAAAUUUGGAACCAGUUCCUUGAUAUGGGCUCUCAUCGCUUGGUUCUUCACCACGCUCACACAAAUCUUCGGUAUUAUAUCCGUGCUUCAUGGCCUGGGAAAUCACAUCACGGUCGUUGAGGAAGUUGGCGAACUACACAAUUUCCUGUUGUUCACAUGGAUCACGGUCUUCUUCUUUAACUUAGCUAUUCCGACCGGCAAGGUUGCAGUGGCAGCAUUCCUGAUUGAAAUGAACUCACAGAGCAACCCUAAGAUCCGACGCAGUCUUAUCAUCGUCGCCGGCUUGAACAUUCUUUUCAAUAUUCCGCAAUGUUUACUCGUUUGGUUCCAAUGCAGCCCUCCCAGUGCGCUUUGGGAUCCUCUUCGACAAGCACAGUGCGAUCAUGGAAAGAGCGUAUACUACACUUACUUCGUGGGUGCUGUGGCUGCCAUCUCCGACUUCUACCUCGCCAUCAUCCCCAUCACCAUGUUAGUCCCCUUGCGCAUUGAUCGCAAGCUCAAAUGGGGUUUGAGUUUCCUCAUGGGAUGUGGUGUUUUUGCCGGAGCUGCAGCAAUUGUCAGAACCUGGGCAGCCAAGUUCAUCAUGACAGAUGACUCCUCGUAUGGUGUUGGUGUCCUAUUCCGCUGGGGUGAAGUUGAGGAAUGGAUUGUGCUCAUCACCAUGUCGAUCCCACCUGUCUGGCCACUCUUCCGACCUCUCACUCACCGAUUCAUCAAAUCCACGAACAACCGCAGUCAACCCCAAUACAAGCUGUACAACGAGUACGGUCAAUUCGCUUCGACUACUCGAGCCACGCAAUCAGUUGCUCCCCCGAUCGUCACAACCACCAUCUCCAUUUCAUCGAUGAAAGGCCGCGAGACAUCGGCCGAUACCGCAGACGCCUCAUCUUGCGGAUCUCUCUCUCGAUUCGGAGAAGACGAACCCGAGACUUCGCAUACCAUCCUCAGUCACAAUGGAGACCCAGAAGGGUGGGUGGAGAUGAAGCAUAUCAAGGAGCCACGCACUUGA